CAUGUGUCAGUCAGCUGAUCAGAACAGCUGACAGAUGAGACGACAACAGCUCUUUCCUGUGACUAAUAUCGCAUCUUGGUCGAAUUUUAGUUACAGCUUUGUUACAUUAAGUACUACCCUUGACUAAGUUCGGGGAGUAUUUUAUAUAACAAAGUAUGCUCGAGAUCUUCUUUGUUGCUGUUCAGUUCAUUGCACAGGACACAAUUCACGCUAGUCCCGUUCUUUGGCCAUCAGUAGAGUAGCUUGGCAGCUUCUCUAAUUCAGCGAACCUCGUCUACAUCUUACAACACCAAAAUGUCUGGACCAAACGGCGAUCUCAACAUAACAAUUGAUGACGGAAUUAUUGCGGACGAUGAUGAAUUUGACGAGGAAGAAUACACCGCUAUUAACUCAAUGUUGGACCAGAUCAACUUCUGCCUAGAUGACCUCGAGGAGCGCAAUGAUUCACUGAACGGCAAGCUGCACGAACUGCUGGAGUCCAACCGGCAGGCGCGCCAGGAGUUCAGGGCGAAAAUAAACGAGGGGUUGGCCGAAGGUCAAGAGCAUCCAGAACAAUCCUCAAAAGAGGACUCUACACCACCUAAUGACAAAGAUAACGGCGAGUAAACACAUGUACGUAGCGCUGAGGUGCGCUAGGUAAUUAUAGUUGCUUCCCUCAUUGCAUUUUCUCAUUCUGUCAACACCCUGAGUAAACUUAAACCUAUUGUAUUCAGACUGACUAGGUUCUCUGUUAUUCAUACUGAACAGAAAUAGAAAAUGUUAAUGUACGUUAUUCGCUCCCAUGACUUGGAAUUAUGCAUACUCAGCAGGCCAUGUGAUGUAGCUAACAUACAUCAGUCUAAAUGGGAAGGUCAGCAAUACUGAGAAGGGGACUUACACAAUACUGAAGGCAUUCUAUUGCAGGUCUAGCAGUUUGGCGCAAUAACUUAAAUCCUGUCUUAAAAACCCAUGUAGAAUGAAACUUGUAUUACAGUGGUGUGUCGUUUGUACAGGGGUAUUGUACUUCGUUCAUCUGAUGCAAAUGUUGUAACGUAUUUAUUGAUGUAAAUAAAAGGUCUUGUGAAAAGUCAAA